AUGGUCCUCCUAGUAUCCAUUGCUGUUUUCCUCUUGGCCAUCACUGUCCUGCACAUUCUAACGAAGCUUUGGCUGAACAGAUCUGUCCUACCUCUGCCGCCAGGGCCCAGAGGACUCCCGAUCCUGGGAAAUGUUAGCGACAUGCCCAAGCCGGGUGUGCUCGAAUGCCACCACUGGUUCGAGCACAGGAAAAAGUAUGGGCCUAUCUCUUCUGUGACUAUCAUGGGCCAAACCAUAGUCAUAAUCAACGACGCUACUAUCGCUCUGGAUCUCUUGCGUAGCCGCUCUGCCAUCUACUCUUCACGACCUAGCCUUACCUUUUCCGGCGAGAUGGUAGGUUGGCGCCAUGUAACUGCCAUGAUGCCCUACAGCGAUACCUGGAAGAUCCACCGGCGCAACAUCAAAAAAAUCACAAGCACAGCCACUUCGCUCGCGGAAUUUGACCGCAUCCAGGAGACUGAAACCGCGCACUUUCUCGUGAAUCUGUUCGAGGCACCGGAGCGUUUACUCGAUCAUAUAAGACAUGAAACUGGCUGUGUUAUUUUGAAGAUUGUAUACGGGUACGAUACUAGGCGAGAUAAGAGGGAUCCGCUGGUCGAUAUGGCGGAAACGACGGUGGCGCAGUUUGCAGAGGCUUCAGUGCCGGGGACGUGGGCGGUGGAUACAUUUCCAUUUUUGAAAUAUCUCCCAGACUGGGUCCCAGGAACAGACUUUAAAAAGACAGCCCAGGCAAUGUCCGACCAACUAAUCCAAUGUGUAAACCAACCCUACGCUUUCGUAAAGCAGCGAAUGCAUGAGGAACGCCAGACACUAUCUUUCCUCUCGCAAUCCAUCGCCACCAUCGGUACAGACGCUAACGCGGAGUUCGUACAUAAAUGGACGGCGCUAGCACUCUAUCUUGGGGGCGCAGAUACUACUGUCUCAGCCCUCAGCAUAUUUUUUCUCGCCAUGUCUCUCUUCCCCAGCAUCCAAGUGGCGGCCCAAUCCGAACUUGACGCCGUCCUCGGCGUCCCCCCCCGCCUCCCCACAGCCGAAGAUCUCCCUCACUUCCCAUAUAUCGAAGCUGUCGUAAAAGAAACAUUCCGCUGGCAUCAAGUCGCUCCCAUGGGCCUCCCACAUACAAACAUUUCCUCCGACACCUACUCUGACUACCAUAUCCCACAAGGCUCCAUCAUCCUCGCUAAUAUCUGGGCCUUCAUGCACGACCCUUCGACCUACCGUGACCCUUUUAUUUUCCGUCCAGAACGGUUUUUGGGUCCGGAGGCGGAACUGGAUCCAAGGGGUCAUGUUUUUGGCUAUGGGAGACGGAUUUGCCCAGGGAAGUACAUGGCGGAGAGGGCGUUGAAGAUUACAAUUGCGAGUACUUUGGCAGUGUUUAGUAUAGAGAAAGAGGGAGAGAUGGAGACGACGUUUUGUCCGGGGUUGCUGAGUCAUCCUAGCCCAUUUAAGUGUAGUAUUAGGGCUAGGUCAGGGGUGCAUGAGGAGGUGGUGAGGGGGGGGGACGGUAGUGGAGAUGCAGAGGAGUUGGAAGGGGUGAGGUGGUAG